AGGGUUUCUAUGGGCAUGGAUAUAUAAAGGCCUGUCCCCGGGCGAUAAUUUUCCACCAUCAACCAUACAUUUUUUUUUGGUCGUAAAGAAUAGAAAAAAUGUCUUCUGAAGCUGCUGAAAACGUCCUCGUCCUCGUCCGUCACGGUGAAUCCGAAUGGAACAAGUUGAACUUGUUCACUGGCUGGAAGGACCCUGCCUUGUCUGAAACUGGUCAAAAGGAAGCCAAGCUCGGUGGUGAACGCUUGAAGAGCCGUGGUUUCAAGUUUGACAUUGCUUUCACUUCUUCUCUUCAACGUGCUCAAAAGACCUGUGAAAUUGUCCUCAACGAAGUUGGUCAACCCAACUUGGAAACCAUCAAGGAUGAGAAGCUCAACGAGCGUUACUACGGUGACCUCCAAGGUUUGAACAAGGACGAAGCCCGUCAAAAGUGGGGUGAUGAGCAAGUUCACAUCUGGCGCCGUUCUUACGACAUCGCUCCCCCUAACGGUGAAUCUUUGAAGAACACCGCUGAGCGUGUCUUGCCUUACUACAAGUCUACUGUCUUGCCCCAUGUUACCAAGGGUGAGAAGGUUUUCAUUGCCGCCCACGGUAACUCUCUCCGUGCCUUGAUCAUGGACUUGGAAGGUCUCUCUGGUGACGAGAUCGUCAAGCGCGAACUUGCUACUGGUGUCCCCAUUGUCUACCGCUUGGACAAGAAUGGUAAAUACAUCUCCAAGGAAUUGAUUGACAACUAAAUGCCGUCACGUUUUUUUUGUUGAUAGUAAAUUAAAUUAAAUGUAAUAAUUUGUGAAUGAUUGAUUUAUCCAUGAUGUUUUUGUGAAUUAGA